UGCGAAUGGCGACGUACUUUCGAUUUAUGAUUUAUGCCCGUCUUACCUCGUGACUAUUGAUUACUUCUGCAAUCGAAAUCGGAAAGUUCGUGGGCCAGUUAAAUGAUUAGUGGAAGCCAAUCGUGUUGGAACUAAGUGUGAAUUCUAAGUAGUAAAUCUAUUUGAUUCCUUUCGAUACGGAAUUAAAGAGUUUCGUUCGUCGCAACGCUUGUGAUUGUUUUAACCUAAAAAUAUUGGCUCUUGUCGGAAUCAAAUAUGGGAUCGCUUUUUCGGAGCGAGGAGAUGACCUUGUGUCAACUCUUUUUACAAAGUGAAGCAGCUUAUGCCUGUGUCUCGGAACUUGGCGAACUUGGUCUCGUACAAUUUCGAGAUCUCAAUCCCGAUGUUAAUGCCUUCCAACGAAAGUUCGUUAACGAGGUACGUCGUUGCGACGAAAUGGAACGUAAGCUGCGAUACCUGGAGAAAGAAAUUAAGAAGGACGGUAUACCAAUGCUCGACACUGGGGAGAAUCCCGAGGCUCCGCAACCCAGGGAGAUGAUAGAUCUUGAAGCAACGUUUGAAAAAUUAGAAAACGAACUACGAGAAGUGAACCAGAAUGCGGAAACACUUAAACGUAACUUCUUGGAACUGACCGAGUUGAAGCACAUACUUAGAAAAACGCAAGUUUUCUUCGACGAGCAAGAGCACGCAGGCUUGAAUCCUACCGAGUCCAUGACACGUGCAUUGAUUAGUGAUGAUAAUAUCGCCCGCCAGACUGCCCUUGGUCCUGUCCAACUGGGUUUCGUCGCAGGAGUUAUUCUACGAGAACGUAUUCCAGCCUUUGAACGUAUGCUUUGGCGAGCAUGCCGUGGUAAUGUAUUUCUGCGUCAAGCAGAGAUUGAAAGUCAUCUGGAAGACCCUUCAACGGGGGAUAAAGUCUUUAAGUCUGUGUUCAUCAUAUUCUUCCAAGGUGAUCAACUGAAAACUCGAGUUAAAAAGAUCUGCGAGGGAUUUAGGGCCACUUUGUAUCCUUGCCCCGAAGCACCCGCUGAUCGCCGCGAAAUGGCUAUGGGAGUUAUGACUCGAAUUGAAGAUUUAAACACAGUCCUUGGACAAACUCAGGAUCAUCGGCAUCGUGUUCUAGUAGCCGCUGCAAAGAAUAUCAAGAAUUGGUUCGUGAAAGUUCGCAAAAUCAAGGCAAUUUAUCAUACUUUAAAUCUAUUUAAUUUGGAUGUUACGCAAAAGUGUUUAAUCGCUGAAUGUUGGGUCCCCGUAUUAGACAUUGAAACAAUUCAACUAGCAUUGCGUCGUGGAACUGAACGCAGUGGGAGCUCUGUGCCACCGAUUUUGAAUCGUAUGGCAACGUUUGAAGACCCGCCCACGUACAAUCGAACCAACAAGUUUACCAAAGGUUUUCAAGCUCUGAUUGAUGCAUAUGGUGUUGCUUCUUACAGAGAAAUGAAUCCAUCUCCUUACACUAUCAUAACGUUCCCAUUCUUAUUUGCUGUUAUGUUUGGUGACACUGGCCACGGCUUACUUAUGUUCCUCUUUGGUGGGUGGAUGGUAUUAAAAGAAAAACCAUUGGCCGCAAAGAAAUCUGAUAAUGAAAUUUGGAAUAUCUUCUUUGGUGGUCGGUAUAUCAUUUUUCUGAUGGGCUUAUUUUCAAUGUAUACCGGACUUAUAUACAAUGAUAUAUUUUCCAAAUCAUUGAAUAUCUUUGGAUCAUAUUGGAAGAUCAGUUACAAUUUUACAACGAUAAACACGAAUAAAGACUUGCAAUUAAAUCCCAGUAAUAAAGAGAUGUAUCUACAAAUUCCAUAUCCACUAGGAAUGGAUCCUGUGUGGCAAUUAGCCGAAAACAAAAUCAUUUUCUUGAACUCGUACAAAAUGAAGAUAUCUAUCAUUUUUGGGGUCAUACACAUGUUAUUUGGUGUAAUAAUUGGACUAUGGAAUCACAUGUAUUUCAGAAGGAGACUGAACAUAAUUUAUGAAUUUAUUCCUCAAAUUAUUUUCCUUGUGUUUCUUUUCCUGUAUUUGGUUCUACUUAUGUUCAUUAAAUGGAUUAAAUAUGGUCCCGAUAGCGAUGGCACAGAUCCAGCGCAUGGACCCUUCUGUGCGCCAUCAGUAUUAAUUACAUUUAUUAAUAUGGUAUUAUUUAAACCUGGAGUUGAGUCGAAAGAUGUAUGUAGUCCCUGGAUGUAUGCCGGACAAAAUGGAUUCCAAUCGCUUCUUGUUGUCAUAGCUGUCCUUUGCAUUCCAUGGAUGUUAUUUGGAAAACCUGUUUCAAUGAUGUACAAUAGAAAGAAGCAACAUUAUCAGUUAAACAACCAUGGCACAGAAAAUGGAGAUGUAGAAGGUGGUGUUGAUGCUAUACAACCAGCAAGUGGAAUUCCUCAAGGAGGUCACAAAGAAGAAGAAGAGGAUAUGAGUGAAGUAUUUAUUCAUCAAGGCAUUCAUACCAUUGAAUAUGUUCUUGGUAGUGUGUCUCACACUGCGUCUUAUCUUCGUUUAUGGGCUUUAUCUCUUGCCCAUGCACAAUUAUCGGAAGUAUUGUGGAACAUGGUAAUGAGAAGUGGAUUAACUCAAGAAGGUUGGUCAGGAGGUAUUAUUCUGUGGGCUGUAUUUGCAUUCUGGGCUACUUUAACUGUUGGUAUUCUAGUCCUUAUGGAAGGGUCGAGUUUCAAAGCAAAUUUUAUGCUGGACAAGGAUACAGUUUCCAACCAUUUUCGUUUGAAAUUAUUUUGGAUGCGGCACAAUCCACUACAGAAGAUUAAAGGGAUCGGCUAUUGCUAAGAUAGUUGGAGCAAAUGCCGCUAAACUUAAUAACUUUGAGGAUCGCGUUACAAUGUAUGUUUACGAAGAAAUCAUCAAUGGAAAAAAACUGACUGAAAUUAUUAAUGAAACGCACGAAAACGUGAAGUAUCUUCCGGGACAUAUACUCCCGCCUAAUGUGAUUGCAGUUCCUGAUGUAGUGGAAGCAGCUAAAGAUGCAGAUAUCUUGAUUUUUGUAAUACCACAUCAAUUUAUCAAUAGAAUAUGUGCUACAUUAUUAGGGAAAAUUAAACCUUCAGCUGUUGGCCUUUCUUUGAUAAAGGGCUUUGAUAAGAAAGAGGGAGGUGGUAUUGAACUUAUAUCACACAUAAUUAAUAAGCAACUUCACAUUCCUGUUUCUGUUUUAAUGGGGGCAAAUUUAGCUUCUGAAGUUGCUGAAGAAAUGUUUUGUGAAACUACUAUCGGUUGCAAGGAUAAAAAUAUGGCUCCUAUACUAAGAGAUUUAAUACAAACCCCAUACUUUAGAGUUGUAGUGGUUGAAGAUGUUGAUUCAGUUGAAUGUUGUGGGGCAUUAAAGAAUAUAGUUGCCUGUGGCGCUGGUUUCGUUGAUGGUUUAGGUCUCGGUGAUAAUACAAAGGCUGCUGUUAUCAGAUUAGGCCUUAUGGAAAUGAUCAAAUUCGUGGAUGUCUUUUUCCCUGGUGGAAAACUUUCUACUUUCUUUGAAAGUUGUGGUGUUGCUGAUCUUAUCACUACCUGUUAUGGUGGUCGCAAUCGUAGAGUUUCUGAAGCUUUUGUAAAAUCUGGCAAGACAAUCGAAGAAUUAGAGAAGGAAAUGCUAAAUGGACAGAAAUUACAAGGUCCGUUUACUGCUGAAGAGGUGAAUUACAUGUUAAAAGCGCAAAAUAUGGAGAACAGGUUUCCCCUUUUUACGGCCGUACAUAGGAUCUGUACCGGUGAGAUAAAGCCUACGGAACUAAUUGAAUACAUACGCAAUCAUCCAGAGCACAUGAACAACGACGUUAAUGCAACAAUACUGCAACUACCUUCACCAAGAUGUCGUCUGUGAAGAUUAUUUGGAAGACACGAAAAAGAAGACGUUAUCUCCGUUUAACCGUUUGCGGUCGGAUUUAACUGAAAUAUGGAUAUCAUGCUGGUCAGAAUUGAUUUUUAUUAAUCAAACACUAAUAAUAAUAUAAUCGAAGAAAAUGACCAGAGAAUCAAAAUGAAAUUGACUAUCGCUACUUUUUUUUAUUUGUAUGUAUUUCGCCAACGUAUUAUAUUUUAUAGUAUUAAUAUAACAAAGCCUUAUCAAACAUCGCAAUAUGAAUAAUUGAUGAAUGAGAGUUAAUGUACGACCGCAAACGACUAAAAAUCAACUUUUUAAAUAUCAUAGAUUUUUAUAUAAAUGUGGGAUAUAUUUACUGUAAUAAUAGUCGUAAUGAUUUUAUGCAACCCGACAGUAAAACUUAUACAUGUCUGUUAAUGUCUCGAUAAGAAAGGGAUUGGUUUUGCUAAUGGGUGAUCUUUUUCUUUUUUUUAUUAUCAUCUUGCAAAAUGCUACAAAAUAUUUAUUUCUAUAUAUUUUUGAAUGUAAUGUCACUCUAUAAAAAUAUUUUUAUUUUUUUUACUUAAUCUUGAUGUUACGCUCGGCAGCAAUUUUAUUAAAAUUUCUCGCCUCCUUCUAAAAUUGAAAAUUGAGAAAAUUGCUUUGUAACAUUAAAAAAACCUUCGAGAUAUAUACUAAGUAUUAUUAUUAAGCUGCCGCUAAUUUUAACAUUUAUUCUGGCUACGGUUUGCUGUUGCGUUUACAUUGGCCUUGGUCCAAAACAGUGAAUGCCAAUCGUUAGAAAAUAAUCUGCGAUCGUUACUAAGGUCAAUGAAGGCUGAAGUUAGUUUGUAAGUUAAUCGGUCAGUCAGUCAGUCAGCCGUAACAUCAGCAGUUCGAAAAUAAGCAAAUUUGUGAUACUUCAACGUGCAUAGAGUAUUCCAUACCCUCGUGAAACUAUAAAUUUUAAGCCAGUUGUACAUUGAAAACUACAAAAUGGCUACAGAAGGAAUAAAGAGGGUAUGCAUUGUAGGGAGUGGCAAUUGGUAUGUGUAUGGAUUAAUUUUUCCUAUUUUCUUUUUUUAUAUAAUUUUGUACCGAAGUAUUUUUAAAGCAUAAUGUAAUGUCAAUUUUAACAAAUUGUAUUGUAUCUUUAAUUAUUGUUUUUUAUCUUUAUUUUUUACUUUUAUUGUA